AUGGCUGACGGAAUUAGAGGAGAGGCACUGUCGAAGCUAAUGCGGUUGAGGGAUGAGGUAUCUCUUGCAAUUCGAGAUGAGUUUAUCGAUAUCGAAAUCAUAUCUCUUGUCAGGGUUCGCCAUCACUGGGACCUCCACGAUCAUGUGGGAAAUCUCAUUAACGAAUCGAACAACAUACGGCGUGGAUUUCGGGACUGGAUUAUAAACCACCCAGAUCUGAUGCCGGCUCUGGCUCAGGAUGAAGUGCCGGUGAUGGGUCCCAUGUGGAGUUUUCCGCAGAUGGAAGCACACGGUAAUAGAGUGCUUGAUGAGAUGGGUACCAACAUUGAUCAGAUAAUCGAUGUCCUCCCUGCUCUAGAAGAGGAACAUGUCGAAGAGAUCAUUGAGUUAGCCACGACAGCCAUUGUCCUUCUCUAUGAUAUUAUACAAGACAUGCGCGAGAUGUAUAGGGUGAUACGUGAAGAGUCAGAUUCAACUAGUUCAAGUUCAGCUGGGUCAGCAUCUCCUUGA